AUGGCUGCCGGUCAUACGCGCUACGUGCGCUACAUUGCGCUUGCGCUUUUCACGCUCACUAUGUUCUACUUUUUCUCCAAUUCCAAGAUCGAUACUAUCUCCGUUCCUGGUAACGUCGGUAGUUUCCCAGGCGGUCCUGGAAGCUCCAGCUCCCAACAAGGUGCAGGCACUGUUCCUAAGCCUAACGAUGCGGGCAACAAUGUCAACUUCCCCGGCCAGAAGGCGCCUGCUACUGAAGAGGGCGACACUGCUCUUCACAAGGAUGAAACUCCCGCUCAGAAGCCUGCUGGCGAGGGAGCUUCUGUUGAUGAUAUCCCCGCUUCUGAAGCUGCCAAGGUUCCCGCUGAUGCUCCCGCCUCUGGUGACCUCGCUGAGGCUAAGAUGCCUAUGUCUCCCAACGACCCUGGCUGGAACAACCUUCAGGGCACCGCUCCCGGCCCCCGUAUGAACGCUACUUUUGUCACUCUCGCCCGUAACCAGGAUGUUUGGGAAAUUGCCGAGUCCAUUCGCCAGGUUGAGGAUCGUUUCAACCGCCGAUACAACUAUGACUGGGUUUUCCUUAACGACAAGCCUUUCGAUGAGCAGUUCAAGAAAGUUACCACUUCUCUCUGCUCUGGUAAGACUCACUAUGGUCUGAUUCCCGAGGAGCACUGGUCCUUCCCCGAGUGGAUUGACCAGGAGAAGGCCCGCAAGGUCCGUGAGGAUAUGCAUGAGCGCAAGAUCAUCUACGGUGACUCUAUCAGCUACCGUCACAUGUGCCGAUUCGAGUCCGGUUUCUUCUUCCGACAGGAGCUCAUGAUGAACUACGAAUACUACUGGCGUGUUGAGCCCUCCGUCAAGCUCUUCUGCGACAUUCACUACGAUCCUUUCCGCGUCAUGCACGAGAACAACAAGAAGUACAGUUUCGUUCUUUCUCUUUACGAGUACAUCGACACCAUUCCCACUCUCUGGGCUAGCACCAAGAAGUUCAUGCAGAACCACCCCGAGCACAUUGCUGAGGGCAACUCUAUGCGCUUCCUCAGUGACGAUGGCGGUGAAAACUACAACAAGUGCCAUUUCUGGUCCAACUUUGAGGUUGGUAGCUUGUCCUGGCUCCGCAGCAAGCCUUACCUCGAUUUCUUCGAGUCUCUUGACAAGGACGGCGGUUUCUUCUACGAGCGAUGGGGUGAUGCUCCUGUCCACUCUAUUGCUGCUGGUCUUCUUCUCAAGAAGGAACAAAUUCACUUCUUCGAGGAUAUUGCCUACUACCACGUUCCUUUCACUCACUGCCCAACCGAUGAGCAGCGACGACUGGAUCUCCGUUGCCACUGCAACCCCGAUAACAACUUUGAUUGGAAGGGUUACUCUUGCACUUCCCGAUUCUACGAGCUCAACGGCCUGGAGAAGCCUAAGGGUUUCGAGAAGCAACAGAACUAA